AGCUGAGUCGGGAACACUUUUCUAGGGAUGAUGAUGAUGUGCUCUCCCUUGCGUCCUUCACUCCCUCACCUCUUGUCGCUGAGGCUGCUGGGUACUACGGCGUCCAGGGCGGCGGCGGUCAAGCAGCCCAACCAUCCCUCAGCAACUCUGGCCUUUGAGGAUCCCAGUGCAUUCAGGGUGAAGAGUUUGGGUGAGCUGCUGCGUGCUCUGGGCAUCUUCCGCCUCUGCUCCUUCCCUGUGCUUGUCAACAACUGUGGGAAGUUGAUGUCGGUAGCGCGCACCCUGCUGGGGAGACGAGGGUUUUCCUUGCUGAUGCGUCCCACCGUGUAUGCCCAGUUUGUGGCGGGAGAGAAUGAGAGUGAGAUCUCUAAGUCCAUGGAGAAGAUGAGCUUGCUUGGACUGAGGCCCAUGCUGGCGGUACCAAUCGAGGAGGAUCUGGGAGAGGGCACGGGAGAGAAGAGAUAUGACGACAACAUGGAGGCCAUGCUGGAAUGUGUGCAGAUAUCCCACAGCAACACGUGGAGCAGAGACCCGAUGAUGCAGCUGAAGAUCACAGCCCUGCUCAGCCCGGAGCUGUGUGUGAAACUCACAAGCCUCAUCGCACAACAACCGUAUGACCUGAACCUCGUUGUCAGAGCUAUGGACGGAGAGCCAAUCAACUUCCCUGGUUUAGAUGGAAGUGAUGUUGCCCAUUUCCUCUGCGGCCUGCAGAGACUUAACAAAAUAGCAGAGGCAAGUGUAAACAAAGUCCGCGUCCUGGUUGAUGCAGAGUACACCUACAUGAACCCCGCCCUCUCUCUUGUCACCAUGGCGAUGAUGAAGAAGUUUAACAAAGAUGGCGCCUGGAUUUGGAACACAUAUCAGUGUUACCUGAAGGAGUCCAGGUCUCUCCUGUUAGAAGCUCUGCGCCUGUCCGAGAACGAGGGCUUCUGUCUGGGGGUCAAGCUGGUACGAGGAGCCUACAUGGACAAAGAGAGGAAGCUGGCAGAGGAAGAGGGUCGCCUGGACCCCGUGCACCGGUGCUGGGAGGACACCAAUGAGAGUUAUAACGGCUCGUUGGAUGUGAUGCUGGAAGCCAUUUCCCAGAAACCGGAGAGCUACAGGAUCAUAGUCGCCACUCACAACGAGGUGUCAGUGAGACAAGCCGCCAAAAGGAUGGAGGAGUUGGGGAUAGACCAUGAUGGCGGCUCAGUGUGUUUCGGCCAGCUGCUGGGCAUGUGUGAUCACGUCUCCCUCACUCUGGCUAAGGAGGGGUAUGCCGUAUACAAGUCAGUGCCAUACGGCUCAGUGGACGACACGCUCCCCUACCUGGUGCGUCGGGCUCAGGAGAAUCGCACCGUGUUGCAGGGAAUCCGCAAAGAGCGGGACCUACUGAGGCAAGAGCUCUUCAGGAGACUGACUCUGAGGGGAGGCCGAGAAUAG